AUGAUCGAUCCCUCCAAGACCGAGGACGGUCUCCAUUUCUCAGACGCUGUAGUGGCGAUGCAGGCGAAUGUCCUGUUGAACCUGCGCUGCAACGACGUCUUGCCGAAGAUGUUCCCCAUGGACAAGACCAGCGAUCUUGUGGGGCCCAGUCUGUGUGAUGCUGUCGCGUCGGUCCUGCGCUCGGCGACCUCGCGCGCAUUCGCAUUCGUCGGCAAGUGCUCGCUCGAGACGUACAUCAUCCAGUACCACUUCUGGCUCGCGGGAGACACGAAGGGCAUCCUGAUCGUGCUUCCCGGGGCGCGCUGGCGCGCAGUGAACCUCGUCAUCACGACGACGAUGUUCAUCUACGUCUCGCACUGCGUCGCGCAGGCCACGGGCAGCCGGCGGCAUGCGGCGCUGACUCGGCCCACCGAGGAGGAGGGCCAGGAGGCGAUCUUCCUGGCACCGCAGGAUGGCGAGCCGCGGAAGGACAACGACGGGAACGUCCUCUCGCCGGAACCCGAUACGCCCAGUCUCCAGGGGUCGCAGCGUCGGUGGGUGGACCGCCUCGCGGAGGGGACGCCUGCCCAUCCGACAUCGCCGGGCUUCAGAGUGUGGUACGGCGAGACAGAGUGGAAGCCUGGCGUGAAGACGAAGAUCGCGAUUGGGAUGGCGGUGAUGUGGUUGCUGAAUAUGAUGUGGCCGUACCGCUGA